AACUCACCUGAUUGAAAUGGCUGGCAGGAAGGAAUGCUUGGUUCUAGGAUUUCUUGUUUUUUUAUGGGCUGCAUUGGGCAUUGAAGGCAAAGAAGAGACAGAAGAACAGACCUGUCGGUUGCUGGGCAAGUUUGACUUGAACGGGUUUGUAGAUGCCAGAAACCAUUCACUUGUUAUUGGAGGACUGUUUCCUGUCCACUCCAGGACCAUCCCAGCAAACAAGUCCAUUUUGGAGCCAGUAUCAGCAAAAUGUGAAGGGUUUAACUUUCGGGGAUUCCGCUGGAUGAAAACCAUGAUACACACCAUCAAGGGGAUUAACGAGAGGAAGGACAUUCUGCCCAACAUCACUUUGGGCUAUCAGAUCUUUGACACCUGUUUCACCAUCUCCAAGUCUGUGGAAGCUGCUUUGGUAUUCCUUACCAGGCAGGAAGAAAACAAGCCCAACUUUAGAAACAGUACUGGAGCAUUUCUGGCAGGAAUUGUUGGAGCAGGUGGAUCGUCCUUAUCGGUUACUGCUUCAAGAAUUCUAGGGUUGUAUUACUUACCUCAGGUGGGCUAUGCCUCUACUUGCUCAGUUCUCAGUGACAAAAACCAGUUUCCGUCUUACCUUCGCACAGUUGCCAGUGAUAAGUUCCAGUCGGAUGCCAUGGUCAAACUCAUCCAACACUUUGGUUGGGUCUGGGUAGGCACGAUAGCAGCUGAUGAUGAUUAUGGAAAAUAUGGAGUAAAAAUUUUUGAGGAAAAAAUGGAGAGUGCCAACCUCUGUAUUGCAUUCUCUGAAAUCAUUCCCAAAGUCUAUUCCUGUGAGAAAAUGCAAAAAGCUGUUGAUGCUGUAAAGAACUCCACUGCCAGAGUCAUUGUGCUUUAUGUGUCUGAUAUUGACCUCAGUCCUUUUGUGCUGGAAAUAGUUUUCCAUAACAUAACUGACAGAACGUGGAUAGCGAGUGAAGCCUGGAUUACCUCAGCUCUCAUUGCAAAGCCUGAAUGUUUCCCAUAUUUUGGUGGAAGUAUUGGAUUUGCAGUACCCAAAGCUGAUAUACCAGGAUUAAAAGAAUUCCUUUAUGAUGUACAUCCUGGCAAGGAUCCAAAUGAUGUUCUGACCAUUGAAUUCUGGCAAACUGCUUUUAACUGUACUUGGCCCAAUAGUAGUUUUCCCUACUAUAUUGACCAUAGAAUGAAUAUGACUGGUAAAGACGACAGGUUACAUGCCAUGUCUGAUAAAUUCUGUACUGGAGAGGAGAAUUUGGAAGAUCUUAAAAAUACCUAUCUGGAUGUGUCUCAGCUAAGAAUCACAAACAAUGUCAAACAAGCUGUGUAUUCUCUGGCUUAUGCCCUGGAUCGUCUCAGUAGAUGUGAAGAAGAAAGUGGGCCAUAUUUUCCAGGGAACACCUGUGCAUAUAUACCCGAUUUUGAGCCUUGGCAGUUAAUGUACUAUAUGAAGACACUUAAGUUUACAACCCAUAGUGGAAUGAGAAUAGAAAUUGAUGAAAAUGGAGACGUGAGUGGGUACUAUGAUAUCCUAAACUGGCAACUGGAUGAUAAUGGAGAGGUUGCCUUUGUGAAGGUUGGAGAAUAUACAUUUACAGACUCUAAGUUUGAACUCGUGAUGAAAAAGAAUGCAACAAUGUUUUGGAACACUGAAUCGUCAGAGCUUCCCCAUUCAGUGUGUACUGAUCUGUGUCGUCCUGGGACCCGGAAGGGGAUUCGUCAUGGGGAACCAAUAUGCUGCUUCGACUGCAUCCCAUGUGCUGAUGGACACGUGUCACGGGAACCAGGUCAAAGGGAGUGUGAACAGUGCGGUGAAGACUAUUGGUCAAAUGCACAAAAGAAUAAGUGUGUGCUGAAAGAGGUGGAAUUCCUUGCUUAUGAUGAGGCCCUGGGAUUCACGCUUGUCAUUCUCUCCAUCUUUGGGGCGCUUGUGGUCUUGGCAGUCACAAUUGUGUAUGUGCUGUACAGGCAUACUCCACUUGUGAGUGCCAAUGACCGGGAGCUGAGCUUUCUCAUCCAGCUUUCUCUUGUCAUCAUGCUGCUGUCUUCCAUGCUUUUCAUUGGCAAGCCACACCACUGGUCCUGUGUGGCCCGCCAGGUCACUCUGGCAAUGAGCUUUUCUCUUUGCCUGUCUUGCAUUCUUGGAAAGACUAUUUCACUGUUUUUAGCCUACAGAAUUUCCAAAUCCAAAACCAGAUUUAUAUCCAUCUGCCCCCUUUAUCGGAAAAUCAUUGUACUAAUUUCUGUCCUAGUCGAGAUUGGCAUAUGCACAGCCUACUUGGUAUUGGAACCCCCAAGGGUCUUCAAGAACAUGCAAUCUCAAAAUAUAAAGAUCAUUUUGGAAUGUGAUGAAGGUUCAAUAGAAUUUUUAUGCUCUAUGUUUGGGAUUGAUGUCUUUCUGGCUUUGCUAUGCUUUCCUACCACCUUUGUGGCUCGCCAGUUGCCGGAUAAUUACUAUGAAGGAAAAUGCAUCACCUUUGGGAUGCUAGUCUUUUUCAUCAUCUGGAUCUCUUUUGUUCCUGCUUACUUGAGCACCAAAGGCAAGUUCAAAGUGGCUGUGGAAAUAUUUGCAAUCUUGGCAUCCAGCUAUGGUUUGUUGGGUUGUAUAUUUGCUCCCAAGUGCUUCAUUAUUUUGCUGAGGCCAAAGAGGAACACUGAUGAACUUGUUGGUGGAAGAGUCUUCACUAUAGAAAACAGCAUCCGACUGACUUCAGCCUCUGUGAGCAGUGAGCUUAACAAUACCAUGGUGUCAGCUGUUGUGGAUGACUAG